GGUAUAAAGAAAACGCCUGGCGCAUCUGGCUCCGAGUUUUUUUGUUUCGUCGAUUCGAGCGAAAGAGAGGGAGAAGGGGUCGUCUUUGCCUCUCGGUCUCGCCCUCUCGCAAUCCCAUCUCGCGAACUCCCUUCCUCCCUUCUCUUUGAUUGGCGUCGCUUUUGAUCGGUGGCGAGCCGGCUGGAGAUGGGACUGGUCGAAGCCCGGUCGUCCGUAAACUGGGAGAAGGAGUCCUAUCCCGCCUACGAGGACUUCAUCGCCCUGCCCUUCCUCGUGCUCUUCUUCCCCACCGUCCGGUUCUUUCUCGAUAGAUUCGUGUUCGAGAGGUUGGCAAAGCGACUUAUAGGAAAGGGACUUGAAGCUAAUGCAAGGCGAAAAAAGAUCAACAAAUUUAAGGAGUCAGCUUGGAAGUGUGUUUAUUUUCUUUCAGGAGAGCUUCUAUCUUUGUCUGUUACAUAUAACGAGCCAUGGUUCAAAAGUACCAGAUACUAUUGGGUAGGACCAGGAGAGCAGGUUUGGCCAGAUCAACAAAUAAAACUUAAACUUAAGGCUGUAUACAUGUAUGCUGCUGGAUUUUACACGUAUUCUAUAUUUGCCCUGCUGUUUUGGGAAACAAAGCGGUCAGACUACGGAGUGUCAAUGUCUCAUCAUGUUGCAACUGUUGUUCUUAUAGUGUUGUCUUAUAUAUUCAGGUUUGCUCGUGUUGGAUCGGUUGUGUUGGCCGUUCAUGAUGCAAGCGAUGUGUUUUUAGAAAUGGGGAAGAUGGCGAAGUAUGGUGCUUGUGAGUGGCUGGCCAAUGUGUCAUUUCUUCUUUUUGUUGCUUCAUGGAUUAUACUUCGCCUCAUAUAUUUCCCUUUCUGGAUCCUCCGAAGUACAAGUUAUGAAGUUUUACUGUCUCUGGACAAGGAGAAGCACAAGUUUGAAGGACCAAUAUAUUAUUAUAUCUUCAACACACUUCUAUUCUCGCUGCUUGUUCUUCACAUUUACUGGUGGGUUUUAAUCUUCCGGAUGCUUGUAAAGCAAAUUCAGUCCAGAGGAAAUAUUGGGGAUGAUGUUCGAUCUGAUUCUGAAGAUGAAGAGGAACAUGAAGAUUAACUCGGGAAGACUGUUAGCUAUGUACUCACUCUUGUAGACACCGACUUCGCCAAAAAAUCAUGCUUCUUUCUCAUGUUCAUCGCUAUUGUUGUUCUGAUUUGCUUAAUUCUGUGCUGGCUACUAGAAUUCAGAUGGCUUGAUGGUGUUGGAAAGAGGAUCAGCCUAUUCUCAUUUUUCAGAUGAAGCUUACAACCAGACAUUUAGAAUUCACGCUCCCAUUUCAUGUAUUUUUUGAAGUGGUGUUGCUGAUAAUGGAGAUACCUCAUCAUUAGAGGACUUCUGUAUAUUUAUUUUGGAAACAGAUGUGGAUGCAAGAUCAGAUAAUACUGAUUGAAUAUACAUUUGAUUCAUGGCUAAUCUAUUGGCCAAAAUUGUCCCAAAAUGAGAUCUCCAGUUGCAUUAUUAA